AUGAAAUUCGAAAAUGACCUUCAAAUCGAUACAGCAGAAGCUGAAAAACGAGCGCUAAAGAAAGUUGCACAACUGCUCCAACGACCCGAUCAGCUGGAUAAAGUGGAUCAAUACAAGAAAGGAAUCGCCCGGAAACGGAUGGGUGUCGAAUCGCGCCUCAAAACUGCCGUUCAUUCUCAACUUGAUGGUGUUCGAUUUGGCAUUGAGCAGCUAAAGUCCGCCAUUGAAAAUGUUCAAGAAGUUCGUAAAACGAUGAAGACAGUGGAAGAAAUGAUGGACACUGCCUUCCAUGAUAAGCACAUUCGAGAAAUCAAAGACAUCUCUGCUGAACAUCGUCAGCUAAGCUCGGCAAUGGAUAACUUGCGACAAAUCUUCACAGUGCCAGAAAGUGUGGAAGCAGCGAGAGAUCAGCUCAAAGAAGAAAAGCUGCUCGAAGCUCACAAGACAAUAAGAGAGCUUGAGAUAUCACGGGAUGAGCUUUUGUACGAGCAGCACAAACUGGAAAACGGAAGUCAAGGAGAUGUCACACUUCUGAAUCGAUACUUUCAAGAUGUCGAUGUUGUAUCAAACGAACUGUACAGAAAAAUCUCGAGUAUUAUUACCGACUCCUUUUCCAUCGCAAAGUCCAAGCCGGAGCUGCUUGUCAGCGCUUUGCGAAUUAUUGAGCGAGAGACCUCGAUCGAUCAAGAGACUAGUAGGAGAAAAACCUAUUCGGGUUUCGCACCCCCGGGCCGGCCUAAAGAAUGGAGAGAGCAAGUGCUUGAGAGCUUGAAGGGCACGAUCGAAGCAAAGUUCAGAAUCGAGAAGAAAGCUGGCGAUGGCUGGCUCGGGAGCCAACUUAGAAAGAUCGGAAGCGAUUCCGUUACGGAGCUCAUCCUUCUAAAACACAUCGUGGCUCCGUGCUUCCCGCCGAGUUGGAACAUUUUUGACCGUUUCACAAACUGGUAUCACAUCGCAUUUGCUACAGAAAUCAAUCGUCUUAUUCGCGAGGGAAUUGAAGGCAAGACAAUUAUCGAGCUUUUAAUCUUCCUCAAUCACUAUGCGAGCGAAAAUUACAUGGGAAACCCGGAGCUAGGAAUUUCCAAAGAGCGAAUCCCAGAACUACUCGAUGGAUCGGAACAAAAUGCGCUUAUAAAUGUUUACAUUGGUUCGACCAAGGAGAAUAUCAAGGCUUGGCUGUCAAACGCUGUCACGCAGGAAUCGAGAGAGUGGCGUAAAACAGACCCACCAAGUGGAGAUGCUGAUGGCUACUUUGUUACAGACCUGCCGGUUAUUCUUGCUCAAAUGGUUUCGGAAAUCCUCGGCGUAACCAAACAAAUCAGCGACGAGAUAAAAGACAGGGUGUUUAAUGACAUCGUCUUGGAGAUGAGAGAGUUCUUCGAAAAGCUUAUCGGCGCAUUGUCAGAAUUCAAAGACCAGCAUCUGAGGACGCGUAACGCUGCGCAGUGGUAUCAUAAUUACACCGUAGCAACGAUCAAUAAUUGCAAGACGCUCGCGGACAAUUUUACUGAUGUCGCGGCAAAGUUCCAAAUACAACGAGACAGCUUCGAUAGUCCAAUUUCCAAAAUCGCCGACGACGCUGCUGAGAAAGGAUGCUCAUUUUUGGUCGAGGAAGUGAUGAUGGACCUGAAUGAGGUCCUCGGUCAAAUCAUGACAAAAUCAGAGUGGCUUGAAUCGUCAGGGACACCUGGCGGGCGACCAGUUGACACCAUUGUCGCCACGGUGACAGACUACUCGAAAGACUUUGCAUCGCUGCGCCCGGAGCACUUGUUUAGUUUGAUCAAGGAGCUCGAGAGACGUGUCACUGUUCGAUAUGUAGCGGCAAUCAUUCAACCGGCAAACGGGAAAAUAAAAUUCAGCGCUUCUGGCUACGAAAAUGACACAGAGAGAAGAGAGGUCUCCGAUCAACUCUUGAUCGAGGCAGAUUAUCUUGGAAGAUAUUUUAAAGAGCUCUCCAACUCAAAAGAUAGUGCUGCCUCUGCAACAGAUGUCAUCCGAAGUAUUGCCGAUUUAUUAAAAUCGAGUCCAGAUAUGAUAGAGCUAGAAUUGAGCUCAAUGGUCGGAAGAUACUCGGAUUUAACAGCUGAGCACAUCAAAUCGUUGCUCACGCUUAGAGGAGACAUUUCAAGCGCUGAAAUUAGAUCCUCGACAUCCUCAGCGAUGAACGCGAAGAAAAACAACAACGACUAUCCCCCAAUAUUUGCCGAUAUAACGAUUGAAAUCGGUCCCUAA